GCCCCUCCCCGGCUGGGCCGAGGUCGGUGCCGGGUAGGCUGAGGGUCGGUGCCGCCAUCGCCAUGGGCACCCGCGACGACGAGUACGACUAUCUGUUCAAAGUUGUGUUGAUUGGAGACUCUGGAGUUGGGAAAAGUAAUCUUCUGUCACGUUUCACACGCAAUGAGUUCAAUCUGGAAAGUAAAAGCACCAUUGGUGUGGAAUUUGCCACCAGGAGCAUCCAGGUAGAUGGGAAGACGAUAAAAGCCCAGAUCUGGGAUACUGCAGGCCAGGAACGAUACCGCGCCAUUACCUCAGCAUAUUACCGUGGUGCUGUUGGGGCUCUGCUCGUCUAUGACAUUGCCAAACACCUCACCUACGAGAACGUGGAGCGCUGGCUGAAGGAGCUGCGGGACCAUGCCGACAACAACAUCGUCAUCAUGCUGGUGGGCAACAAGAGCGACCUGCGCCACCUCCGGGCCGUGCCCACCGAUGAGGCCAGGGCCUUUGCAGAAAAAAAUAACUUAUCUUUUAUUGAAACAUCUGCUCUGGAUUCAACAAAUGUAGAAGAAGCCUUCAAGAACAUCCUUACAGAAAUCUACCGCAUCGUGUCCCAGAAGCAAAUCGCCGACCGGUCUGCGCACGAUGAGUCUCCGGGCAACAACGUCGUUGACAUCAGCGUCCCACCAACCACCGACGGACAGAAAUCCAACAAACUCCAGUGCUGUCAGAACCUGUGACCUUCUUUAGAUGACUCUUGUGCCCUCCACUUUGUCUGUGCUUCAUUUAGAAACUUGUGUGCACUUCCUAUCUCCUGUGAUUCAGUGACUCCCUCCUCCCUCCUUUUCUCUAUUCCCAAAUCUUCCCCCUCAAUUAGGGCUUUAAUUGUAGGGCUAACAUUCCCCUGCCUUUGAAACCCCUUCCAUGUGGUGACUUCUGGGCUUGAAAUGUAGUCACUGAUCUGAUAGACAUGUUUGUGUUGGAGCAUCUGCUGCUGGAUAUUAUCCCAUGAAACACUUAUCAAAUAGGCUUGUUUUGGUUUUGCUAGGUUUUUUUUAGUUUGGUUUUGUUGCUGUUGUUGUUGUGGUUGUUUUCUGGGAGGGGAACAGUGGGACUUGACUCUACCAGUUGAAGAAAUAACUACACUUAGGUGACAAGGCUUUUUCCUCCCAUAGUCAGAUAUCUCUUUUUCUUGUGUUUCUGUAAACAUGGGGGAGAAAUUAAACUAACUAUCCUGCCAAAUGCUCUGUUUUCUGUCCUGAUGAAAUCUCACAGUGAGGAUUUUAGCGGUUGCACACACAUAAGGAAAUAACUGUUGAAAAUAACAUUACUUAUUCUGUAAUUACCCCUUAUACUGCUAGUCUAGCUGUGUAGCUUACUGUUUCCUGCUUGGAAAAUCUUUCUCUAUUCUUAUUUUAUUUGGGAACAAUGAAAUAUGUCUGCACCAUUUUCUUUGCCACCAUUGAAUGCCUGUGCAGGCUUUAUGGAAUGGCGUAAUAUCAGUUAACAUUAUUGUACAGUAAGUGCCAGCGUAUUGAUUUCAGAAACCUUUUGCAGCCUGUACAAGUAGGCUUCUUUUGUACUGUAGGUCAGUGUCUGAAAGCAGGAUCUGCUCUAGUUCCAGGGUUGUUUUUUUUUUGCAUGCUGCUUUUUCUUUAGCUCUCUCCUGCCCCUGUCUGAGUGAGUGAGGCAAUAUUUUCACGUCGCAUAUAUACCUGCACUUGUAAGGGUUUUGGUUGUUGUAGAGAAACACAAUACUUUAUACGUUUUGUAAAAUUUCUGCAGAUCCAUAGUAUUUGGAACUUUCUCUUCAUGAUCUUUCACUAUUGACCUGUACUAAAAUCGAUAACAUUAGGAUUUCACAUAAAAACUACUAACCUAUUGUUUUCUUCUUACUGUUUUACUGAACUGCAGACUGUAAUCCUUAAACGAUUGUACUUCACUGAUGUAACAGAUUUGUCAUCAGCAGGCUACUACUCUAACUCUUCGUUGUGCUGAAUGGGAAGAAUGUUACCACAACUUUGUGUAGUCAGUCUCUUGCUUGCUUGUUGAAAUCUCUGAUGGCUUUUCCUCACUCACUAGCUCUUGCACACUUGUAUCCCCUCUGGUAUCCGCUGAAUGUUCUGGUGGGAAAUACUGGGUGAAACGAUCUAAAGGAAGAGCUGGAGGCCAUCUGCUGCUCCGUGAAGGCUUUGUGGGGCGAUUUGCAGUGAGUUUUUGCUCUCUAUUCUGAGCCUGUACCUCACUGGAUGAAUGCCAGCUGCAUUAUUAGUGAGUUGAUUUUUCUUUAGUGAAACAAAGCAAAUAUGAAACUGUGAAUUGUGCUUGAAGAGGAAAUCUGACAUUCCAGUCUCAACUGUUCUGUCUGGUUAUGUAAUAAAAUUAAGGGCAGUUAA